AUGAGUUAGAAAUUUAAAUUCGUAGAGCAAUCCAAAACUUUACCAUUAAUAGUUAGAUAGCCAAUUGCUGUUAUGAAUCUUAAUCUGUAUAAGAAAUAUUAGCAUUCUUAAAAUUAUUAUUACAUUAGAGAAAUUAAUGAAAUAUUAAGUGAUGCAUCUACAAAACAUGUAAUUCAUUUCAAAGAUUGGCUGACUAUGGAUGAAGAAGUAUCUUAAUUGAUGCAUAACAAUAGGAUGAAUACUUCAAGCGGUUUUAUAAGAUAGAGGAAUAUCCAUAAAAAAUUGGAUUACUUACAGAGUAUUACAAAGUAUGGUAUUCGAAUUGAAAUAGUUCCAUGCAGAUAUUGCUAGAAUAUUUUAAGAGCCAGUGUGCACUGUUUUAAAUAAAUAUUAUGAUAAGAAACGAAAGUAUGAUUAUUUUCGGAUAGCUAAAAUCAUUGAAGAAGAGAAUAAACUAAAUCCAUAAAAACCACCUAAAGGUAUAGUAGGUGAUAGACCAUCUCCAGCAAAUUCAUAAGAAUCUUUACCUCAAGAACAAGAAGAAGGUGAAAAUGAAGUUGUGCAUACUUAAGUUCUGAAAGAAAUAAGUUGGUUAAAAGUAAAAAAUUAUUAACUAUAAAAACUACUUAGAAUUAAAAGACCUUAAACAAAGAUGCAUCACAUACAAUUAAUCAGAUACUUAAGCAUCUCGAAUAUUCUGCAAACCUGUCUUCAUUCUCGAUUGCUCCUAUACCUAAGAAAGAUAAGAUUAGUUUGGAUAAUUUCUUACUUUAUAUUGGAACCAAAUUUAAUAAAAAAUAAAAAACAUCCCCCAAUCCCAAUAAAUAAUCUUAAGAACAAAGGAUUUAGGAUUUAAUUUUAAAACAAAAAGCUAAAAUGCAAUAGAAAGGAUAACCUAGUUAUAGUUUACAUAAAAAGAGUGAUACAAAAUACAGUAUAGGUUCAACUGAGAAGAAAAUAACCUUCGUCAAAGAUCAAUGUAAUAAUUUAUCCAAAAAAUCAAACAGAUAAGCAUCAACUGAUAUAAUUGAAAGUCUAACAAAAUUAGAUACUAAACCAUAAGAGUAAAUUAAAAAUAAAUCUAAAAUUACAGUAGCUAAAAAUCAAUUAAAAAUAAAUAAGAUUAUACGUGAUGUUAAUCAAAAUAAUACACCUACACCUUCUUUACAUAAGGUUUCUAUUAGUUCUACUCAUCUAAAAACAUAAUAACCAUAAAUUAUCCAAUAAAAUAAUAAUCUUAAAUUGAAUUCUUUAGCUAAGUUAUUAAUUGAAGAUACAUAUAAUGAUCAUUAACAUAAUAAAUUAAAAUAAGGUGCUAUUACUCAUAGACCAUUAUCAGGAACCAAUACAUUAUUUACUUCUUAUUCUAAUAGAAAUAGUCCAUCUAUUAAUUAUAAAAAAUCCAAUCUUCAAAAUUCUAAACCAGAAAAAAAGAAAGGUAAAUCAAUUAAUUCAACUUAAUAAUCAUAAUAAUUUGGUUAAUUAGCUAAGACUUUAUUCAAAAAAGUCUUGAAUUCUAAAAAGUCAAAACCAAUUAAUCAUAUUAAAUAGAGUUCAAAUCAUAUAUUUAAUUAAUUUGAUAAAUUAAAAAUUAAUUGUAAUUCUCAAUAAUAAUAUAAUGAUUUUAGUGAAAAAAAACAACAUAAAAAGAAUAAGUCAGAUGGAAAAGCAUUAUACAAUAAAUUAUCUAUACCAGAUAUAGGAUGCUUGACAGAAAGACAUGAUAAAGAAUCUCCAUUAUUAAACUUUCAUAGUAAUAACAGCCAUAGUUCACCUUAAACACAACAUUUUAGAAGACUUCAUAGUGAAAAAUAAGAAUCAAUUUCAAAAAAUAUAAAAGGAUUAAUGAUAUAAUAAAUGUUGAAACAACAGGCUAAAUAAAAUUAGUAGAAUUAAUAAAAAUAAGAACUUCGUUCUAUUAUUAAAACUUCUUAGAAAAAAUUUUGA